UAUGUGGACCUGAACUGGCUUGCAAACUACUGGGGGUGUGAUGGGAAACCAAGAAUAUAUCAUCAUACAGGACCAGUGACCAAUUUCUACAGCUUGAGAGAAGGACUUGCAAUACUGGCCGAGAAGGGUUUAGAGUGUUCCUGGGAGCAACAUCGCGAGAUUGCACUGAGGUUCCACAAGGGACUAGAAGACCUGGGAUUAAAGCUCUUUGUGAAGGACCCAGCUUUGCGACUUCCGACUGUGACAACAAUUCAAGUGCCGACUGGCUAUGAAUGGAAAGACAUCACAACAUACAUCAUGAAGAAGUACAACAUUGAGGUUACUGGGGGCCUAGGGCCCUCAGCUGGAAAGGUGCUACGUGUUGGACUAAUGGGUUACAAUGCAACGAAAGCCAAUGUAAACCACGUAUUAGAAGCUCUCAAAGAUGCGUUGCAG